UAUAUCUGUCGUCGCAAUCAACCAGCAUCGCCAUCACUUUGAAUCCAAUCAAUUUGGCAUCCGUUCUAUCCCCGCGAUCUCUAUUUCAGUAUUCUUCGCAGAGAAACGAAUAAUCCGACCCAAAUUAUCAAUACAUUCGUAUCCGAAGAUGAACGACGCCGAUGUAUCGAAGCAGAUCCAGCAGAUGGUCUGCUUCAUCCGCCAAGAGGCUGAGGAGAAGGCGAACGAGAUCUCCGUCUCCGCGGAGGAAGAAUUCAAUAUCGAGAAGUUGCAGCUAGUGGAAGCCGAGAAAAAGAAGAUCAGACAAGAGUAUGAGCGCAAAGACAAACAAGUCCAAGUUCGGAAGAAAAUUGAGUACUCUAUGCAGCUGAAUGCUUCUCGGCUCAAGGUUCUUCAGGCUCAGGAUGAUUUAGUUAAUUCCAUGAAGGAGUCUGCAUCAAAGGAGCUUUUAAACAUUGGUGGUGACCAGCAAAACUAUGAGAAACUCCUCAAGGAUCUCAUUGUUCAGGGUUUGCUGAGGCUAAAAGAACCAUCCGUGUUAUUGCGCUGUCGUGAAUCUGACUUACAGUAUGUGGGGCCCAUCUUGGACACAGCAAAGGAGGAAUAUGCCAAUAAGGCAAACGUUCAUUCUCCUGAGAUCGUAGUUGAUCAAGUCUACCUUCCACCUGCUCCUACUCAUCACAAUGCUCAUGACCGUUUCUGUUCUGGAGGUGUAGUUUUGGCUUCUAGAGAUGGGAAAAUUGUGUUUGAGAACUCUCUCGAUGCUAGACUGGAGGUUGUAUUCCGGAAAAAGCUACCAGAGGAAUUCAAUAUCGAGAAGUUGCAGCUAGUGGAAGCCGAGAAAAAGAAGAUCAGACAAGAGUAUGAGCGCAAAGACAAACAAGUCCAAGUUCGGAAGAAAAUUGAGUACUCUAUGCAGCUGAAUGCUUCUCGGCUCAAGGUUCUUCAGGCUCAGGAUGAUUUAGUUAAUUCCAUGAAGGAGUCUGCAUCAAAGGAGCUUUUAAACAUUGGUGGUGACCAGCAAAACUAUGAGAAACUCCUCAAGGAUCUCAUUGUUCAGGGUUUGCUGAGGCUAAAAGAACCAUCCGUGUUAUUGCGCUGUCGUGAAUCUGACUUACAGUAUGUGGGGCCCAUCUUGGACACAGCAAAGGAGGAAUAUGCCAAUAAGGCAAACGUUCAUUCUCCUGAGAUCGUAGUUGAUCAAGUCUACCUUCCACCUGCUCCUACUCAUCACAAUGCUCAUGACCGUUUCUGUUCUGGAGGUGUAGUUUUGGCUUCUAGAGAUGGGAAAAUUGUGUUUGAGAACUCUCUCGAUGCUAGACUGGAGGUUGUAUUCCGGAAAAAGCUACCAGAGGAAUUCAAUAUCGAGAAGUUGCAGCUAGUGGAAGCCGAGAAAAAGAAGAUCAGACAAGAGUAUGAGCGCAAAGACAAACAAGUCCAAGUUCGGAAGAAAAUUGAGUACUCUAUGCAGCUGAAUGCUUCUCGGCUCAAGGUUCUUCAGGCUCAGGAUGAUUUAGUUAAUUCCAUGAAGGAGUCUGCAUCAAAGGAGCUUUUAAACAUUGGUGGUGACCAGCAAAACUAUGAGAAACUCCUCAAGGAUCUCAUUGUUCAGGGUUUGCUGAGGCUAAAAGAACCAUCCGUGUUAUUGCGCUGUCGUGAAUCUGACUUACAGUAUGUGGGGCCCAUCUUGGACACAGCAAAGGAGGAAUAUGCCAAUAAGGCAAACGUUCAUUCUCCUGAGAUCGUAGUUGAUCAAGUCUACCUUCCACCUGCUCCUACUCAUCACAAUGCUCAUGACCGUUUCUGUUCUGGAGGUGUAGUUUUGGCUUCUAGAGAUGGGAAAAUUGUGUUUGAGAACUCUCUCGAUGCUAGACUGGAGGUUGUAUUCCGGAAAAAGCUACCAGAGGAAAUCUCUCUUCAUCGUUCAGAAUGCACGAAAUACCUCUUAAUUUUCAUACAGUAACUUUCUCUCAGCUGUAAAGAUUUCAUUUACAAAAAAAGUGCAUUUCAACUUGAUAUCAUCAGAGACCUUUCGCAUCAGAAAAGUUGUCGUCGGCAUGAGCUGCAUGAACAUCUUUUGCUGAAUUUAAAUAGGAAGUAGGAGUGCGAUUUUACGAUUUUCACUUCUCUCACAUAAUCUUGUACAUUUGUAAGCAGAUACGCAAGAGCCUAUUUGGCCAGGUUGCUGCAUGAUGGUUGAAAUCUUAAUAUAUAUUCCAUCUUGUGCUUGUUUUCA